AUGGACAUGAACCAUUUGAUUGGCCAGCGCUUCAACCUGAUCUCCAAGAGUCAGAUCCGCUAUGUCGGCACUCUUCACGAGAUUAACCCAGAGGCGUCCACGAUCGCUCUGGAGAACGUCAAGUCAUUCGGUACUGAGGGCCGUCGCAAGAACCCAGCCGAAGAGGUCCCUCCUUCUGCGAAUGUCUACGAGUACAUCGUCUUCCGCGGCAGCGAUGUGAACGACAUCAGCAUUGCCGAUGAAGAGACAAACGACAGUGCUCAGCCAGAGCCUCCUCGCGUCCCGGAUGACCCUGCGAUUCUUGGUAAUGCGUCACGAUCCGGCCCCGUGCCAAGCGCUCCUAUGGGCACUCCUGGUCAAGGUCAUCCCUCUCAGCCCUCCACACAGCCUUCCCAGGGUGUUCAGCAGACCCCACCUGGCUAUCCUCCUCAACAACCUUUCCAGCAAGGGUUCUAUCCUCCCUACGGACAGGCCUUCAACGGACCACCGCCUCCUUUCCCUCCUGGCCCUGGGGGUCCCGGCGGCUUCCACGGCAAUAUGCCUUAUGGCGGCCCUCCUCCUGGCUGGUUCCCCCCUCCUGGUCACGGCUUCCCUCCCGGUGGCGCCGGUCCAUUCCCACCUCAGAUGCCCCCAGGCGCACACAAUCUUCCUCCUCAGCAGCGUCCUGGUCCUCCUGGCGGCCCUGUACCCCAGGUCACCUCUGAACUGCCCAGCGGUGAUUCAAAAUCCGCAAGCCGUCAUGCCACACCAUCCGCCCAAAAGGCACCGACUCCGCCUGUCGAGUCAAAGCCGUCGGUUGCGGAGGCUGUGCACGGUUCCACGCAGGCACAGGCGGCUGGUGCUGCUGCUGCACAGAAGAGUGGCCGUAUCAUGCCCGCUGUUCCCAUGAAUGCGCCUCGCCCCGUUGCCCCUGCUCAAGGUCCCGCUCCGAUUGAUGCAACCCAGGCGGCGACUCAAGCUGUCGCGGCGGCAAUGGCCAAGCUGCCUCAGCCAGGUGCGCAGAAGAAGUCUGGUCCAGACGUUGGUGUUGAUGCUCUCGCCCGCAAGAUGGACAAUAUGCAACCUUUCAAUGGCCCUCGUGCUCCCCGCGGUGGCCACCAGCACCAGCAAUAUCCUCAUCAACAUGCUCAUCACCAUCAGCAACAACAGCAUCAACAUCAGCCUCGUGGCGGCCGUGGUGGGGCGCGUGCUCCGCAUAAGAAGAUCGAGGUUCCCGAGUCCGACUACGACUUUGCCACUGCCAAUGCGAAGUUCAACAAGCAGGAUUUGAUCAAGGAGGCUAUUGCCACUGGAUCGCCUACUGCGGAGGUUGAAUCUCAUGAUCUGGCUCAUCAACCUGAGGCCGAAACUAACGGUGCCACGGCUGCUUCCACCCACAGCCUCUACAAUCGCUCUACCUCGUUCUUCGAUAACAUCUCCAGUGAGGCUCGCGACCGUGAAGAAAACACCACCCGAGUUGGUGGGCGUGAGUGGCGCGGCGAGGAGGAGAAGCGCAAUAUCGAGACGUUUGGACAAGGAAGCGUGGACGGCUAUCGGGGUCGAGGCCGAGGCCGAGGCGGUCGUGGCCGUGGUCGGGGUGGCCGUGGUGGACGAGGUGGCCCGCGUGGUGCCGCCCGUGCUCCAUUUCCUGCUCAGCAGGGGGCUUAUGGAGGCCUGAACUAA